UAUAAUCCUUGCCAUAUGAAUUGCUAGGCUUUGGGUGUAGAUAUAUGGACCACAAUUUCUUUGCUUGUAGUAUGCUGAGCCAUAGUAGUUGUAUGAGGAACAGUCGAUGAGUGUUACAGAGUCUCUUCCAUUCCAGCUGAAAACUACUUCUAUAUCUAUAUAGCUGCAGACACAAUGUGUAGUAGUAAAAACAUAUCUGAGUCUGGAUGGACAAAGUAUUUGGACAAAUCAUCUACUUAUAAAAGUACCACCCACUUUAGUACUGUGUCUACAAGUUUUAAGAAGGCAUCAGGUAAUGCAGGAAAUAGAGAAGAGGAAUCCUCUAUGACCUCAGAUGCUUCAUCUGGUCCCCAGCAGCUGCCUUUGCCUGACAAUGAGCAAGAACACCAAGCCUCUGCAUCAUAUCCAACAAGAAUAAGAUGUUUACAUGGUAGACAAAGGGAUUUGGAUCAUGUUUCAUCUUGUUCCUUUACAGAUGGGAAUCCUAGAAAAUGUAAGCUCAGAAGGAUUGAAUAUAGGGAGGAGGCUGAGAUUUGUUCUUCUCUUCAAGACACUGCAAGCUCUUCUGUCCAGAGCUCAGAGAGCAGGCUUGUGAAAGGUGAAGUCAAUGGUGGGGAAUCUCUUGUAGAUGUUGAGCCAUGUUUUAGAGUGAAUGGAGCAGUCCAGAAGAAGAAGAAGACAGCAAGUAAUACAUUGUAAAGUUAGAAGCAAAAACUGCAAUCAGAGAAUAGGCUUGGCGUCUCUCUCUCCUCAUUGGAUGUUGAGAGUAUUGUGUAAGCUAAGAAGUGACAAAUGUAUGAUAGAAAAGGACCAUCCAGCACUCUUUCUAAAUGGUGGCUUAGAUUUGUUCAUUCUCAGAAUAUCUGUACUUUUGAUUCUUUAAUAUUAUUAGAUUAGAUG